GGUGCAACUUUGAGUGUUAUUUAUUCUAUGAGAAAGCUCCAUCGUCGUUAGCAUCAGCAAGCACGAAAUUUAUUAGUUGAUAGUUGACAUUUCGCGCGUGUUUCCCUUUUGACGUGCCGUGUGACUGGGUCCUAAGUUAUUGUGAGCGAAAAUUUGUGUUUGUGUUGUCGGUUCGCACUGAAGACGACUGAGUGCACAUUUGCUGAUCAUCGCCAAACGUUUGACGACUAAUUAAUUGCGAAGCUUGGAGCUCCCGAUUGGCCACAAAGCUUUGCAACGUUUGGACACAACGCAGUACGGAUAAACUCCGCUUGACCAAGCUGGUUGACCCUGCAUUCAAGGCUUUCCGUCUUCGUACUAGGCCGGCGUGAAAGCUAGUGUGUGGGCUAGUGUGUGGCCUGAUGAAGUAUAUUGCUGGAAUACGGCGCCAUGCGGAAACCGAAACAAUAAACGCGAACGCUUCGACGAACUGCAUGUGUCAUACACGCUCCACUAGACUACUACAGCACACCUCUUGUCAUCUUGGUGAUGGCUCGUCUACCAGACAAGAAGACCUGCAGUCCUCCCUUUUACCAAAUAAUCGAAGUAAUCUAGGCUACUCUGAAAGUGCAAACGUCAAUGAGCAUUACACUUGUGGCUACUGCAGCAAGGUCUUUACGAAGAGGGGAACCCUGACCAUUCACCUCCGCAUCCACACUGGCUUCAUUGAUGUACCUCUCCGGCUGGAGCCGUCCCCUCAACAAGUCUUGAAUGAGGGAAGGCAUCUGCAGCAGCAUCCUGUGUGCAGUGACACAACAACUUCCCUCACAAGCAAGAAAAAGGGCAAGCGACCACACAAGUGCAUCUACUGUAGCAAGGUGUUCAAACGGAAGAGCAUCCUCGACAAACACCUACCUAUCCACACUGGCGAGAAACCAUUCUACUGCCACCUCUGCCCCAUGAAAUUCACGCGGAAAGACGGCCUUGUGCGCCAUGUACGGGUACACACAGGCGAGAAGCCAUUUCACUGUCGUUUCUGCCCAAAGGCUUGCGCAGAUGAGUCCAAUCUGAAGAGGCACGAGGCAACACACACACGGCGGGCUCCUCGCGAUGUGUCCCCAAGUGCACUAGGGCACCACUAUGUCAACACAUCACCCUCGCUCUCGGCACGAGUGGUCCUCCUCAAUGGGGCAGAGCAGGUGUUUGCAGAGCGGGUGAAAUGCUACGCCUACACCUGCUGCGCCAGCACGCCAGGCUUCAUUGUUGUACCUCUGCAGCUGGAGCCGUCCCCUCAACAAGGCUUGAAUGAGGGAAGGCAUCUGCAGCAGCGUCCUGUGUGUAGUGACCCAACAACUUCCCUCACAAGUGAGAGAAAGGGCAAGCGACUACACAAGUGCAUCUACUGCAGCAAGGUGUUCAAACAGAAGAGCACCCUGGACAAACACCUACGUAUCCACACUGGCGAGAAACCAUUCUGCUGCCACCUCUGUCCCAUGAAAUUCACGCAGAAAGAGGGCCUUGUGCGCCAUGUACGAGUACACACAGGCGAGAAGCCAUUUCGCUGUCGCUUCUGCCCAAAGGCUUGCGCAGUAGAGUCCAAUCUGAAGAGGCACGAGGCAACACACACACGGCGGACUCCUCGCGAUGUGUCCCCGAGUGCACUACUUCAUCACCAUACCGCUGAAGUUGGAGCUUCCCCCUCAAGAAGACCUGAGCUCAACAAGGGAUCAGCUGCAGGCUUCUGACUGCAGUGGCAGUGCAACUUCCCACACUAACAAGAGAAAGCGCAAGAAACCAUGCAAAUACCCAUCCAAGUGCAGCUACUGCAACAAAGUGUUUGAUCACAAAAGCAGUAUGGACAAGCACCUACGUACCCACACUGGCGAGAGAC